UCCACUUCAGCUAAAUAUCAACUCGUCAAUGAGAUGAUGCUUGGCGUCUAGUUACCCCUUAUUCUGAAGACAUACCAAUUAUCUUCAUUAUGUCUAAAUAGAUCCACUAUAAAUAGUUUCUCUGGUUCGGAUUGGACCAUAUAUGUUCAGGUCAGGUGUAAUUAAAGACAGGCGUGAAGCGCCUUAGACCUAUCGUGUCGUGCAGUAUAGAUUUUCCGUUUGCUCUUGUUUUAGAUCUGUUUAUAUCAGAAGUCAGCUUUUUGCUAACAAGUAACUGAAACGUCACAAUGGCGAACAGACCUAAAGUUCCUAUCCAGUCUACAGCUGGUGCCAUUCCUAUUCGGAAUGAAAAAGGUGACAUUGCUAUGGAGAAGGUGAAGGUCACACGAUAUGUGACGGGUAAACGGCCAGACUAUGCCCCAGAAAGCAGCAGUGAUGAAGAACAAGAACAUUUUGAACUUGCACAAAAGAAAAAGCUGGUUGUUGAGGAAACUGAAGAAGUUGAAACAACAGCAAAUGAGAUUCAAGACAGAAGACUGAGACGACUGCAAGAAAGAGUGGUCGAUGACAGUGACGAUGAAGAUGACAGAGUUGCACGUCAUCGACGGGAGGUCAUUGAACCGGAGAUCAUUCAAUACAUGUCUGAGGAUGAAGAUGAUCGAGGUCGUGGUAAGGAUGAGGAAGAAAGCAGUGAGGAAGAGGAGGAACUGGAUGAUGAGGAAAUUGAGCGUCGUCGAGCUUUAUUGAGGCAGCGGGCGCUACAGAGGAGAGAAGAUGAAGUGGAGGUAUGUGUAGGAGAGAUUCAGCAAGAGGAGAAGUCAGAGGGAGAAAGCGAGGAGGAAUCAUCUGAGUACGAGGAGUACACUGACUCCGAGGAGGAGACAGGUCCGAGGCUGAAACCUGUCUUUGUCAGGAAGAGAGAUCGUAUCACUAUCCAGGAGAAGGAGAGAGAAGAGCAGAAGUAUCGGGACCAAGAGACAGACAUGAAGAAGCUGGCCGAGGAAAGGAGGAAACAGACUCUCAAGAUGGUGGAGGACGAGGCACGUCGGGAGGUGGAGGAACAGCACAAGAUGAAGGACGCCCUGGACCUGGUGCCUACAGAUGAUGAGAAUGAUGAGGAGGAGUACGAGAGCUGGAAGGUUCGAGAGUUGAGGAGACUCAAGCGAGACAGAGAAGAGAGAGAAAACACGGAGAAGGAGAAGACUGAGAUUGAGAAGGUGCGGGGUAUGACAGAGGAGGAACGCCGCGUGGAGUUCCGCAACAACCCCCGCCAGGUCACCAACAAGGCCCUCAAGGGGAAGUACAAGUUCCUGCAGAAGUACUACCACAGAGGCGCCUUCUUCAUGGAUGAUGACGAAGGUGUCUUCAAGAGAGACUUCUCUGCCCCAACACUGGAGGAUCACUUUGACAAAACUAUCCUGCCUAAAGUCAUGCAGGUCAAGAACUUUGGUCGUUCUGGUCGGACGAAGUACACACACUUACUGGACCAGGACACCACCCAGUUUGAUUCCCCCUGGAUAUCUGACACUGCUCAGAAUCUCAAGUUCCAUGCUGCCAAGGGUGGCGGGAUGAAGCAGCAUUUUGAUAAACCCACGGUCAAGAGGAAGUAACGGAUGCCCUCCCACUUAGAACUUGAACUGAGCGAAUGAUGGAGUCAUCAGAUCUCCAUUAUAUUUAAAGCCACUUUAGUAUGUUUCUGGUCGUGUUGGGUCCGAAGAGGAUGCGGGAUCAGAAACAUAUAUCUUUGUGAGGGGUGGCCUGUUACAGGUUAAGAUCAGAGGAGAUGUGUAUUAAAACUGAAAACUGGUGAAAGAUCUAUAGUGCAGUGUCAAGGCUGCAUAACAUCACAUGUAGAAAGGAAAGCCAUGAAAAGAUGUCUUGUGUUGUGAGAUAUUUCCUCAAAGCAAUGGGCUAUGGAUGAUCAACAUCUGGAUGUACAUUUGGGGUUGGGGGGAGGCAUCACUUGACAGCAAUAAAGACUUGACAGUAUAUGGUUGAGGGGAAGGGAGGCAAGGGGUUGAAUAUAAAUAUCCGUCAUGAUCAUGAAGAAAAUUGGCAUUUGUUGGUUUUAAGAUCGGAAGAUAAAUAAAUAUUCAUGAGAUACUAUAUUGGUUUCUCAAGGAAAAUCAGGAUAGCUUAUUGUUCUCAAGAGAAUUCACAAGGACUUAUUAUUUACAUAUGUGUUCGUAUUUUAAUAAAUCAUGCAUUGUACAUAAUAACAUUGUCAUACAUUGUAUGAAAUAAAAAAGAUGAAAUGUU